AUGGACUCGACGCCGGCCGAAGUGCAUCCACCCGGCGGCGCAUCUCCCGUCGCCGAUGAGAAGCUCCCGGUCACUGAAACAACAACGGCAACAACUGCAACGACACCAUCCACAAUUCCUCCUACGAUCGAAGACAAUACUACGAUUUCCUCUGCUCCCUUGACAACAGCGGCGGCCAGGUCGGAAGCGCCAACGCCUGGUGGAAAGGUGGAGGAAGAAGAUGACUUGGUCACCAAAGUACUCAAGUUUUUGUCGACCGCGACACCGGAGACUCUAGGCGCUAUCGCAGUCGGCCUGGCAGCUUCGACAUACUUCAUUCUCGGCAAGGUUGGACUCGUCCUGAUCGGCGCUUUUGGCGGUGUUGUCGCCUUUAUUUCGUACGAAGCGCGCCAUCCAGAGGUGUCCCGGGCGGUCCGGGGCGAGAAAGGAAUCGACGUCCUCCAGCGCCUGGCCUUGGUCAAGAUCGCAGAGCCACCCAAAAACGACGAGGAAGAGGAAGAUCGACUAAUUCAUGGAUUCGACGACUUUCAGCCGGAGACGCGCGAGGCCUUGACGGGCCUUGUCGACGCCGUCAUCCGCGACUAUGUCAAGUGGUGGUAUAACCCGAUCCUUCCGACGGACAGCUCAUUCCCUCUUUCCUGCCGUAGACUCCUCAACUCGUUUCUUCUCUCUGUGUCGAACCACCUCUAUCGCAAACGACCUGCCGAUUCCUUCCUCGACUUCAUGACCAAUGCAUCGUCCAUGUUCAUCGUCUUCCUCUCCGAGUUAUCCUCUGCUUUCACCGACCAAAACAACGACCCAAACUCGACAGCCCCAGAGGUUAUCUCUAAAUAUCUCGAAGAAAACCCAAACUCGAAUCUGGCCAAUCUCCUGAGUCGGCCCCAACAGGCUGCGAAAUUUCACAAUGUCGCAGACGACCUGCUUGGGUUCCUGGAGCGGUCGGCAUAUAAUUGCGAUCCUGCUCGCGUGUUCCUCCGGGAAAUCCUGGCAGGUGUGAUUCUUGAGAUGAGCUUACAGUCAUGCUCGACGCCGGAGUGGAUCAAUGCCUGGAUUGUCUACCUUUUGGAAGCCGGAGAACCUGACUUUAGUCAGGCCAUCGACGUUGGCAUGCAGACGGGCCCCGAGGCAGCCACUGCCAGCGCCGCCAGCAAUGCGAAUGCAUUCAUCGACAUUGACGGAAACGUCGGCAACAUCGCCCUGACCAAGGGAAACCGCAACUCACUAGAUAUGGAACGCGAGCGUCGUAAAGGAUCCCUGGUCUCGCACAAGAAGCAGCUCAGCAAGGCUGACGAAGAAAUGGAGGAAGCCAUGGAGGAAAUGAAGCGAAUGAACGCCCUGAUCGCCGAAGAAGAGUCUAAGAGAGUCAAGACGCGACAGAGCGUUGAUUCGGUGUCUAAACCGACAGUCCAGACUACCGAAGGCAAAAUUGUGUCUUCCCCCGGAGAGCUGUCACCGAGAUCCUUGUCUUCCGCGGAGAAGCCUUCAACGAAUGGUUCGAGUGGUUCGAAUGAGUCCGACGUUUCUAAGCGGGAAAGCAUGCACUCGCCUGUCACGGACUCUUCCAGCCAGAAGUCGUCACCGAAACAGCCUUCAUCCAAACACGUCUCUACCGGGAGCGCGUCCCAAUUCUUGAACUUUGAUCAGAUCGUGCCACCCGCGAAGGAGGAGCCUGAGGUGCCUGACGAAAGCUCCCGCAAGCUUCCUUUAACGCUGCACAAUGCCACCAUUACUCUGUAUGAGGAUGGUGACGACAAAAACCGUAUCCGAAGCAAGCCCAACUGGGACUACAUGGUUCAGAUCGAGCCAUCUUCGUCUCAUUACCCCGGCUGGAUGAUUGUUAGGCAGUACUCCGACUUUGAGACUCUGCACGAGAUCUUGAGACGUAUUGCAAAUAUUUCGGGCGUGACAGCUUUCACAGAACAGCAUGCUGCGCUUCCUAACUGGAAGUCGCACACGCGGGAGUCGCUUCGUGGUGAGUUGGAGCGUUACGUCAAGGACGCUUGUUGGUAUAAGUCACUCGCAGAGAGCGAGGGCAUGAAACGCUUCCUCGAGAAAGACUCGGGUCACGGUCACAGCAAUUCCAAGUCGGGUCUGCCAUGGGACGCGGUUGGCAAGAACAUGUUGGAUGUUUUGACCAUGGGCCCCAAGGGUGCCAUGGAGGGCGGCAAGGCAGUGUUUGGCGGGGUGACUGGCAUGUUCAACAACAUCGGUCUCGGCCCAAGAAAGAACACCGCAUCCUCGUUGUCGGAGAUUCAAACAUCAAAUCAUCGCUGGUCUACGGGAACACCGCCAAGGAUGGACAGCACUACCAGUCUCAACGCGGCACUGACUUCGCCGACGACUGGAGUGGGCCCUCGGAAGGGCCGGGACAGUCUCGACAGCCAAAGAUCGUCGAUUGUCUCAACUCAGCCAGGCAAGAUCGCCCCUAUGGAACGACGACCUAGCUUUGACCCCCGAGGCGAUACCGAGACAGACAGCCUCAAGCCUCGCUCCGAUCGUUGGGAGAGGAACACUCCAAGUGCUACUGGCAGUCGCGAACAUAGUAGAGCUUCGAGCCUGGCGCCCUUGCAGUCGCCCGCCCUGCGUUCUCCCUCGUCAACAAGUCUCGAUGUCAUGAACCUUCAAUACCUGCCUCCGCCGCCGGACGAGAUGCCGGAAGACUACCAGUCACCUACCCAAGGGGACAUGCAGGCUAAAAUGGAUGAAGUCAUCUCCCCGCGCAAUUCUAUGGGGGCUCUUUCACCGGGUCUUCCACAGACGCAACCGAAGAAGAAGGAAGCGAAGCCUGCACGGCAAUACUCCCCUCUCCAGGAACAAGAAACAAACGUGGCAGUUGAGCUGGUCUUCGCAAUUAUUAAUGAGAUGUACACGCUCUCAUCCGCUUGGAACAUUCGACGAACUCUGCUAGCCGCAGCAAAGUCGUUCCUUUUGCGACCUGGCAACCCGUCCUUGAUCGCAAUCCAAAAGAUGAUGCAGGAAUCCGUCAUCGAUGCCAACACCAAGGAUGAAGGACUCGCGUACCACCUGCGCAAGCUGAGAGAAAACACGAUGCCGACUGAUGAAGAGCGGGCCACCUGGCCUGCCGAGAUGACGGAGGAAGAGAAGGAGAAGUUACGCGUCAAGGCACGCAACCUUCUCAUCAAACGAGGUGUUCCGGCUGCUUUGACUGGCGUUAUGGGACAGGCGGCGACGACCGACGCACUGGGCCGUAUCUUUGACAGUCUUCAGAUUCAAGAGGUGGCGCGGGGCUUCAUGUUUGGCAUGAUGCUCCAGGCUGUGAGGGUCGUCACCCACUAG